GUCGUGCCGUACAGCCAGCCUAGAGAAAGCAGCCAACCCAAACAUUGGCCAACCCAGCCAGCCAGCCAGCCGCCAGCCGGCGAAGCAGCGGCACGGCAGACGCGGCGACGCAGCAUCGAACAAUCAGCAGCCGUCUGUCCAUGGCACUAUCUGGGCAGCUAUAACCGGGAUAGUGUCAUUGCAUCUCACUUUAACAUGGAUAAAACGCCCUAUGUUCCCUUGGAGCGAAUCAAAGUUGAUUCACAGCGGGUGUUAGAGCAUGGACUUCAGCGGAUUCCCAUUGCCAAAAGGAGGCCAAUAGUCCUUGUCGAAAAGCUGCCUGUUGCUGUUACACAUGGACUGCGACAGAGUGGGGAUAGCCCAAGUGGGCAGCCAGGAAGAAAAGUCCUUAAAAGAAAGGUGUCACCAGGUCCUUCAAGGCGACCCUGCCCUGACACACCGAGCAAACGUGUCUGUUUCAGCGAUCAAGGCUCUCGGAAAAACCCACACAUGAGGUUGUGGACAGGGCCUAAGAGCAAUGGAAGACAGAAAUCGGCUAAGGAAAACGGCACUAGCCAGUACUACUCGUGCAAGUCUUUAUGGGAUGCCCAAGCUGAGUCAUCAGUCCAGUCGGCAAUCUCGUCGGUUAAAAGUGCCAACCUGUCUGUGCUCCUCGGUGUCCGGAGCAGAGGCAUUCCGAUCGUUGAACUUGAGCGUCUCCAGAAUGUGACAACGUACAAACAUUGUGACAUGCCCUCUCAAGACACUGUGACCGCUGAUUGCCAACCGCCUGGCAAUGAGGAACCAAGCUCUGAAGACUCCGAACCUGAGUCUGAUCUUCCCAAGUUUUCAAAACCAAGCCGCAGAAAGAAGACCAGCCAAAGCCCCCGCAAGAUGGCUGCUGUCGGGUACCAGGAGACAGAAUCCUCAGACGACAACUGCAUGGCGCGCUGCAAGUACUGUGGCCAGCACUUGGACAAAGUCUCAGUGGCAACAUUUUCAAGACAUUCAGUCACAGAGGAACAGUUAUUACGAAGACCGGAGUUUUUGUCUGGAACUGAAGAGAAGCCAGCAUGUAAGGUGUCCAAUGUUCAGGUUUAUGACCAGAGUGAGCACCUUGUUGCCCUUGACCUACCCAAGAGGCUCGACUCUGUGAAUCUUUUCUUGUCAGCACAAGUUUCACCAGUGUGGGAGGAAGAAAGGGAAGGCAUUGAAUGCAAGGGUAUUGGGCCAAUAAGAUGUUGGUGGCUAACUGGGUACGGCAGUGGUGAGAAACCUGUGAUUGGCAUCAGCACCGAUUCUGCCGACUACUACAUCUCCAAUGAGCACAAGGUCUAUGCUGAUUUUGUGAAGCCGCUGCGUCGCAAGAUGUAUCUAACAAAGUUGGUGGUUGACGCUGUCAAUGGGGACCCCGACUGUAGCUAUGAAAAUCUUGUGAAAGUUAUUCAGGAUGCAAGUGUGCCGGACCUGGGAAAUGAGGAAUGCUUCUCGGAAGAGGAGCUGCUAAAACACGGAGAAUUCGUCGCCAAACAUGCUUGCAGCUACGAUGAGGCUCGAGAUUCAGAAUAUGAACCCACCGCACUCAGGGCCCCAUGUCUUCAGCGGCUCAUCGACUUGUGCCGCAUCAGGAGACUCAAUGUCAGUAAGGACACCCCUCUGAGGCGUUUCUCUCGGCCCACUGACACCCUGGCCACUUGCACGCCACUAGUACAAGACGUGUUCCGUGAGGCAUUUACAUCCCAGAUGUCCGAUGUCGGAGAAAGCAGUUUUGACGAGACCAGAAGACAAGGUCGACGCAUCUGCCCUUCAUGCAGGGGUUGGCUGCAGACAGGCACUUCAGCCUGGAAGAAGACAUUAGCUUGGUGCGGCAACCCUGAAGAUACAGGAACAGUUCUUGUUUACUCUGCAGUCAUGAUUGGAGAUGAAAAGGUCACUUAUGGCAGUUUUGUCACUGCCUCUCGGCACGGCCAUUGCUGUCCCAGGGUUGGCUGCAUCAUGCGUCUUUUUGAAAGCCAGACUAGAAAGAAGAUGGCACACAUACAGUGGUUCAUGUGCUCUUCUGAGACAAUUCUGGGUCAAGUUGCAGAUCCAUCAGAAAUCUACUUCGUGUGUGAGUGUGAGGACAUCGCUGUGAGAGACAUUAUUUCAGUGUGCAAUGUCAAGCGCAAAUUCUUCUACAGGGAGUGGUAUGAAGAAGGUGGCAAGCCUUAUACUUCCAGCAUGUCAGCCUCUUGCCCCAAGGAUGGCUUCACCUACUCAAAGAUGUACUUCCCAGCACUGGGCCGUUUCGAAGAUGUUCCAGAGAUGAUAAGGUCAGAGAAUUCGUUGGAGUAUGACUGCUACAGCUGCAUUAAGAAGGAAAAAAGGAAAAAGGCUGAAAGCUGUCGAUUUGGAGAGGUGCUGUUUGGAGAGAAGAAUGGCAAAGUUCACUACAGUUCAGUGAAGUGGCAGAAGGAGACCUAUUCUGUCGGCAACUGCAUCUUUUUGAAGCCAGGAGUUCUUGACCGUCAUCCCAGCAAUACAAAGGCAUCAUCGAAAUUCAUGGAUUUGUCAAAUGUGAAGAGAUGUGAGCCGUUUCAAGUGGCAUGCAUCCUGUCCAUUUCGGCUACGAAGACCAGAAAUGGGCAAAAUGUGGCCACCUUCAGAAUUAGAAAAUUUUGCAGACCCGAGGACACACACCUUGACAAGGAUACUUGUCGGAAGGAGGGCUUGAACGUACUGUACUACACCAAACAAGAAGCAGACGUAUACUUGCAUGAUGUCUGUGGCAAGGCCCAGGUUGUCUUUUCAAAAUACCAGCAGCAUGACUGCCCAGGAAUUUGGUCUGUCGGUGAUGUCUUCGUUUUUUCAAAGAUGUAUGACAGCAGCACUAGGAAGUUCUUUGAUGUCCCACCCCAAGAUCAGCUCCUCGGACGAGAGAAGAUUAGUGAAACGAUGCCAAGACCCAGGCUGAGGACCCUUGAAGCCUUCUCUGGCUGUGGUGGUUUUUCCUGUGGCCUGAAGGCAGUGGGUGCCAUCAAAUCAUGCUGGGCUGUGGAGAACAGUGAGGUGGCAUCAAGGGCUUUCCAGCGCAAUUUUCCUGGGUCAACAGUUUUCACCCAAGACUUCAACUCUUUUCUCAGCGAUGUGCUAGAGGGCAAGAUGACCAAUUCAAAUGGGCAAGAACUGCCGCAGAAGGGAGAUGUGCAACUGCUCUGUGGAGGGCCCCCAUGUCAGGGCUUCAGUGGGCUCAAUCGUUUCCGGCAUACGGAGAGGUAUUUACUCAAGAACUCACUGGUGUCAUCAUACCUGAGUUGCUGUGACUACUACCGGCCACAGCUGUUUCUCUUGGAAAACGUAAAGGGCUUCCUCAAUGGCCACGAUGGUCGGAUGUUGCCGCUGACUCUGAAGUGCUUGUUGCGGAUGGGCUACCAGUGCACCUUUGCCUUGCUUCAAGCUGGCAACUAUGGUUUGCCCCAAAGCAGGCGCAGGGUCAUUAUUCUGGCAGCUGCGCCAGGCCAAGUCUUGCCCAGGUUUCCCGAGCCGAAGUCUUCAUUUAAGUCUCGUGAACAGUCAUCAAUCAUUCAAAAGCAAGAGUUUCACCCAGCGACAAAAUGGUCCAGGCAUGCGCCACUGCGGACAAUCACUUUGUAUGAUGCAGUCUCGGAUCUGGCUAGCUUGGAGCUGGGAACGCCUAUGACUGGCACUUGCAAACAUGUCACGCACUACCAGCAAAUGGUCAGAGGCAGCAAGGAGGGUCCCGUUCGAGACCUUGAAUUGCUGACUUUGUCGCCCCUCAUGCAAGCACGAGUGGACCACAUUCCGCUUUUUCCGGGUGCCAACUGGAGGGACCUGCCCAAUAUAAGAGUGCGACUCUCUGACGGCACUUACACCAGCAUCUUGACUCUCAAGACAUAUGACAAGGGCAUCCAGGGUGUGUGCCCAUGUGCGGCAGGAGGCAAGUGCGACCCACUGCCAGCUGCACAGAAGUGCACAUUGGUUCCUUGGACACUGGUGCACAGGGCUGGCAAGAGGGUUGCACAGGGCGCGCUGGAUAAAGCCUACGCACGACUUGGCUGGGACAGCUGCAUGGGGACUGUCACCACUCUUCCAAGCCCUUGCAAGUUUGCAGUGCUGCACCCAUCACAGAACAGGCUGCUGACUGUUCGAGAGCAUGCCCGUGUCCAGGGCUUCCCUGAUGACUUUGUGUUUGUGGGAUCUGUCUGUGACAAGUACAUGCAGGUCGGCAAUGCUGUGCCACCCCCUCUCGCAGCAGCUAUUGGUCAGGAGAUCAUCAAGUCACUGUCAUCCCUUUGAUUCCAAAAUAUUUUUUUGUCUGGUCAUAGCGUCGGGCCACAGACAUAUUAUUAUUGUGAACAUUCAUAUUUUUUUCUUGUUUGCAUUGAUCCUCUAUACAUUACAGUAAAACCUUGUUAAUUCGAAGUCAUCGGGACCACAAGAAAAACACAG